UUUCCCCUUCUCCUUCCUUCACAUCCUCAAUCUCAUCAUCUCCAUCUCUUCUUCAAUCUAAAAAUCCCCCAAAAUUUCCUUCUCUCCCCCUCAACAAAUGGGUCUUUCACCUUCAUCUUCAACCUCAAUUUCUAGCUCACACUACAACAUCCACAAGCUCUUCCUCCUCUGUAACUACAUCCUCCUCGGCGCUGCCUCCAGCUGCAUUUUCCUCACCCUCUCCCUCCGUCUUCUCCCUUCCGUUUGCGGCUUCUUCAUCAUCUUCCUCCACGCCUUCACCAUUGCCGGCGCCGUCUCUGGCUGCGCCAUGGCAUCCGCCUCUACCGGCCGCUGGUUCGGCGUCCACAUGGUCUUCACCGUCCUUACCGCCAUCUUCCAAGGCUCCGUCACCGUCCUCGUCUUCACUAGAACCGCCGACUUCCUGGGUGAAUUGAAAUCAUAUGUCCGAGAGGAAGAUGGAUCGGUGAUUUUGAAGUUGGGCGGCGGAUUGAGUGGAUUGAUCUUUUGUUUGGAGUGGGUUGUUCUUGUUCUUGCGUUUUGUUUGAAGUAUUAUAUGUAUGUCGAAGGGAAUGGAAAUGGUGAGGGUUUGAAGAGAAGUGCUAAGGUUCAGCAAUUUGAAGAUUCAACUUGGGCAGCACCAUUUCCUGUUUAGAAACACAAAUCAACACACAUUUUUAUUUCUCAUUCUUAAUUUAAACUUUGUUUGAUGAUUCAAUUUGUGAGUCAUAUUCAUAUAUGUAUUCUUUCUUAUUGAUUUUUAUAUGUUUGUUAAUGUAUGUUUCGGAAUUAAAUUAUGGCUUCUAUAUUGAAGGGGUUAUUCAUUCAAAUAAUAUAAUAUACUAUACAUUACUUUUGUGUCUUA